AUGUUGCAUUAUAACUUCAAAAAGAUCGCUGUUGUGCCACCUUCACAAGAUUUAUUGUCAAAGAUACAGCACAAGACCCCAACAGUUAUUCACAAAUAUUAUAAGAUUUCAAGGAUCCGGCAGUUUUAUAUGCACAAAGUGAAAUUCACACAACAGAAUGUUCAUAGUAAGUUAACACAAAUGAUAAAUGACUUUCUGAAGUUAUCAUUUUAUGCAGAUUUGAUGAAUGUUCUCUAUGACUGGGACCAUUACAGACUUGCUUUGGGACAAAUAAACACAGCUCAACUUCUAGUUGAGAAUGUUUGAAAGGAUUAUGUUAGACUUCCGAAAAAUGCUGAUUCAUUUUAUCGAAGUAAACAGUUGAAAAAAGUAGCUCUAGGAAGAAUGGUGACCAUUUUGAGAUGUCAGAAACAGAGCUUGGAAUAUCUGGAGCAAAUUAGACAACAUUUAUUUUGUUUGCCAUCCAAUGAUCGUAGUACCUGGACUCUUCUUGUCUGUGGAUUCAGUGUUGGAAAACCAAGUUUUAUUAAUAAGAUUACAUGAGCUGAUGUUGAAGUGCAGCCUUAUGCUUUCACAACUAAAUCAUUGUUUGUUGGACACACUAAUCAUCAGUAUUUAUGUUGGCAGGCUGUUGAUACUCUAGGUAUUUUGGAUUAUCCUUUAGAAAAUAGAAACACUAUUGAAAUGCAGGCCAUUACAGCAUUGGCUCAUUUAAAAGCUGCAGCACUGUAUAUUAUGGGUAUCUCUGAACAAUGUAACCAAACAACUGAUGAACAGACUGCCUUAUUUGAAAGCAUUAAACAUUUAUAUAUACCUAUCUUAGUUUGCAUCAACAAAAUAGAUGUUCUGAAAUUUGAAGAUCUACCAAAAACUACACAAGCUUCCAUCAAGAAAGAAGAAAAUAUUCUAAUUAUGUACAUCAGUACACUCUCUGAAAAAGGAGUCAUGAAUGUCAAAAAUUAUGCUUGUGAUUAUCUGUCAGCCUAUCAAGUGGAAACAAAGAUUCGUCAGAAGAAAGAUGGCAUAUUAUCAUAAAUAAGAGCUGCAGUGCCAAACAAGGGAGAUGAUAAGGAAAGAACAGUUUAUAUCCCUGGAACUGUUCCUCAGAAAAGGCAAAAAAUGGAAACUGUUCUGAGAGCUCGAAAUCUGGUGGCAAAGGGAAAAGGAGGUAACAAUGAUGUCUUUGCUACAAUACAACUGGGUAAAGAGAAAUACCAGACAACCACCAUAAAGAAAGCCCGCAACCCAGAAUGGUUUGAAGAAUGUGAUCUUUCAAUUAGUAAUAAAGAUUCUGAAAUUAAAGUCAAUCUCUUUCAUCGAGGCAAAAUAGCUGAUGAGCUUAUUGGAUAUUGUAUUAUACCACUACAAGAUUAUCAGGACUAUGACCAACAAAAAAGCCAUUGGGUCACUUUGAAAAGUAAAGCAAAGAAAAAUGGUAUUGUCAAGGACCAGGGAGAACUGGAAGUAUGUUUAAAUUUUCACAUGGUAAAAAAAGAUGAUGAUUUUCCAGUAUUACAGAGAAGGUCAUACACUGGUUCUUUAAGACACUUAGCCACCACAGUGGCUGGCAGAUUGAAAAGGAGUCAGUCCUUAAUCCACCGCAAAGAAAAAGCUAAGCCAACACUUGCUCUAAGUAACAGUUCAAAGGGUUCUGAUUCUAAUAGGUCCUCUCAGGUUUUAGACUUUAGGUCAUCAAAAGAUGAACUUCAUAUGUCUAGCAAAAACACAGGCUGCAGUAAAUCUGCUGAUAAUAUAUUCAUGACUCAACAACCGUUGCAUCAGCAGGCCUCCUGCACACCUUUGACCAUGGCAUAUUUGGAAUCAAAGAUGUACCGAUGUGAUGAUAGACCUCACAGUGUGGCCAACUUGAAUGAAAGGUUCAAAAAGUCCCAGUAUGCUACAAUAGAUGAAGUUCUAUCAGAUAAUACGAAAGCAAUCCACAAAUCUUUAGAAAACAUUGCAUCAACAACAAAAGACCAAGUUGUCACUAAAUCUUACACAUUACCCAAGAUUACAACUGCAAGUUUUUCUGCCUUGUAUCAGAGUCCAAUUGCAGAAGAGAAUGGUUAUAGUAGAAAAGAUAUCACAGAAACUGACAACAUUACUUCCUCAAUUAAUCCGAAUCCACAGCAGAAUUUCACCGAGACUGUAAUAAAUGGUGCUAACGGUGUAAAUCACUCCCUAGAAACAAGUAUCACAUACAGAAAGGCAUGGGAUCAGCCACCACGUGUCAAACUACGCCCAUCCUCAUGCAUUGCAAUUGGAAGCUCAGACAACCCUCAGACACAAAUUCCUGAAAAUUCUGUUGUAAGUGAGUUUAUCAAGGAGGCUGCUUCUUCCAUUGUUCAACCAAAAGUUAAACGAAGACAAAGACGAAUAAGAAAGUAUAAUGCCUACGACUUUGACCAAGACGCAGACUCCGAGCCUGAAGCAGAAGAAAACAGAGUUACACUCAAGAAGCUGCAAGAGGAUGCCUUCAAACUAAACUCAAACAAUAAUUUUAAUUCUAAAAUACCCUUAAUGCAUCCCAGGACUCACUUAGGGUUAGAUUCUAAGGUUAACCCACUUGGUUCAAAUUCUUCCCAAAGGGACUAUUUUGAUGAGAAAGAUGUAAAUAGCUUGUAUAGAGAUCAAAGACGAACUGAAUUGGAUUUUAAUUCUAAACAUCCAGAACUUCACAUUCCUGGAUUAAAGAAACGACCGAUAUCAAUUAGCUUUGAUGGAAGACUCACAGACUACUCAGAAAUUUUACCUGGCUAUGGUUCUGAUAAUCUUCUCAAAUCUGAAGAUUUGGUAAGCCUAUACCGGAGUAUGAAUAAAGAGGAACUAAUCAGUCGAUUAAUUUGCCAAAAAGCUCAAAUGAUUCGUAAAGAUCAAUAUAUUCGCGGUCUAGAGUCCUAUAUUGAUGACCUACUAGUUGGUGUCAUUGAACAAAAUCCAAAAAUCCUUAACAGACAGUUUAAUUAUUGAUCCCAUACCAUCCCCAAUAAAGUCAAUUCAACUUUGAGCAUAACAAUUCUGUCAAGAACUUGCAACAAUAUCUUCUCAACUGCUUUUCAAUCCCUGUGUCUGUAAUAUCUCAUUGGAGAAGUAAACACUGUUUAUAUUUUCCAAAAUACUGUAAAUUGCGUUUGAAUAUUUCGUUUUGUCAUUUUAUAGUUUUUAAAUUCUUUCUGAAAAUGUGUUUUAUAAUAUAAAUGUGAACAAAAUUUAAGUAGGUAUUUUACUUUAAAUUCAAUAUUUUAUCGAAAGAAUGAAAUCUGAAAAAAAAAAAACAUAUCAAAAAAAAAUUCAUAAUUGUUUUUAAUAUUCCUAUGUAAUGAAUGUAUAAAUACCUGUAUUUUUAAUAUGUCCAACCAGUGAAUAUGUAAAAAUUGUUUUGUUUUUUAGAAAAAAAAUUGACAAAUAAAACAGAAUAUAAACACAAUUUGUUGAAAAUA